GAAGCCAGCAAACAUCCUUGUAAUGGGGGAAGGUCCUGAGAGAGGAAGAGUCAAAAUAGCUGACAUGGGCUUUGCUCGAUUAUUCAAUUCUCCAUUGAAACCACUAGCAGACCUGGAUCCAGUUGUGGUUACGUUUUGGUACAGAGCUCCAGAGUUGUUGCUUGGUGCAAGACAUUAUACUAAAGCUAUAGAUAUUUGGGCUAUUGGUUGUAUUUUUGCUGAGUUGUUAACAUCAGAGCCUAUUUUUCAUUGUCGGCAAGAAGAUAUAAAAACAAGUAACCCAUUCCACCAUGAUCAGCUGGACCGAAUAUUCAGUGUGAUGGGAUUCCCUGCAGAUAAAGACUGGGAAGAUAUCAGAAAGAUGCCAGAGUAUCCUACUCUUCAGAAAGAUUUCAGGAGAACAACAUAUGCUAACAGUAGCCUGACAUAAAGUAUAUGGAGAAGCACAAGGUCAAACCUGACAGUAAGGUUUUUCUUUUGCUUCAAAAACUUCUUACCAUGGACCCAACAAAAAGGAUAACUUCAGAACAGGCUUUACAAGAUCUCUACUUUCAGGAGGAUCCUCUGCCUACAUCUGAUGUAUUUGCAGGGUGCCAGAUACCAUAUCCAAAACGUGAAUUUUUAAAUGAAGAUGAGCCUGAAGAAAAAGCGGAAAAGAAUCAACAGGCACAAAAUCAGCACCAGCAACAAACAGCAAAUCAACAGCAGACAGCUGCUCAGCAGCAGCAGGUGCAGCAACAGAACAGCAGUCAGACCAAUGGUACAACAGGAGGAGGAGGAGCAACAGGGGCAACACUUCAGCAUAGCCAGGAUGCCAGUCUUAACACAGGACCUCCAAACAAGAAACCACGC